GUACCUCUAAUAACCUACUAGUCUUCUCUCUCAAUUCCUCCUCUUAAACUUUUAAUUCUUCCCGUUACAUCUCUUUCUGCCCAAAGACAUAUUACCAGCCAUGUUCAGGCCAGUUCUUGCUCCUCCUAUUAGGCAUCAGCAGCGGUGGCGAGAGAGCUCAGCACGUUUGAUAGCCCCUUUGACCCUAUGGAUUUGUGUUACUUUGAGUCUAAAGUAUGGCUACUAUGGAGAUUGUCGCAUGGUGCUUGGACCCAGCUCAUCAAGAUUGAUGAAAGCAAGCUCUGUGUUCGUUAAGCAGAUUGAAGUGAGAGAUGAUGACAAGAAAGGUGUUCUUCUUUAUGGGUUUUCUGAGAUGCCUGAAUUGAGCUUUGAAACAAAUUGGAGCGUUUCAAAUUUUUUGAUCAUUGGAUCUUACGGCCGCAAGGGGUUUUCUCUGUGGCUGAACAAAGGUUCCAGGAUCCAUAUGAGAUUGGAAAUUCAGAGUAAAAGUUCGAAUCAAUUCCAAGUGGUUAUGGUUAAGGGAGAACGAAAAUUCCAAACAUUGCUGCCUAAACUCACUACUUCCUCAGAAUCCCUUACCCUCACUGACACAAUAACUGGUAAAGCUGCUAAAUACAGUAUUGAAGAAGAUGACAGGUAUUAUAUUGGUGUCAUCAACAUGAAUCACAAAAGCAUAUUAAUGACAAUGACUGUAAACGUUACCUCCAAAAUGUAUGACCUAACGAAAGCAAAGAACGUCUGUUCAACAUUAAAGGGAUCCUGCCGGCUCCAGCUCUUGUUUCCCAAUACUCAUUAUGUCAUACUAACAACUCCCAGCAAUGGGGAUCUAGAUGGAUGGUACAUUGAGCUCUCUUUUGUCGCUCGUGUGUUAACCUACAUAGCAAUUUUAGGAUUUAUCAUAAUCAUUAUUUUUCUAGUAUUGAAAUACCUCGGAGCCUGUGAUGGUGAGGAUAGCUUGGUAGAUUCAGCUACAAGGGAAGUAUCUGAGACUGACCCUAUAAUACCUGAGAAAACAGUUCAACACACAUAUGGAACAAAUGAGGAAGAUGAUGAUUCAGGAUCAUCUAGCAGCUCUUCAGAGGAUCUGUAUGAUGCCAAAUUAUGUGUUAUUUGCUACGAUGACCAACGUAAUUGCUUCUUUGUCCCAUGUGGACACUGUGCAACUUGCUAUAACUGUGCUCAGAGGAUUAUGGAGGAGGAUAGCAAGAUGUGUCCAAUAUGUCGCAGGCUUAUUCACAAAAUUAGAAGACUAUUUAGCCCGUAGAGCUAAAAUGAGCUAGGCAAUUUGUGUGAUUGUGUUUGAGAAGAAAAUUAAUGAAUGUUGAGGGUAUAGGAUUUUUUUUUUCCAGGAUAGGUUGAGUGUUCAUGAAACUGACAAAAGGGUAUUCAUGGUCUUAUUACUUAUCUUUGUGAAAUGGUCACCAAUUUGAUAUCGGAGAAGAUUGUAAUUUGUCCGAUGUGUAUUCCAAUUCUGAAGAGGUUUCAAUCCCAUCCAGAGAAAUUAACCUGUAAUUCAUAUUUUUUUGCACUAGUAGAAUAAAUUUUCCCUUCAGAAUGGAAACCUGAAAAUCAGGUUCUUUGAAACC